AUGUUUAACUUGACAAAAACUGACUUGCGAUCCAUUGUAUCUGUGUCCUCAACGUGCUGUGGUCACAUAUCUCUGAAGAAUACCGAGGGACGAGGGCUGACAUCCGUUUUCUCUCAGUCUUGCUCAAGCCACGGCCGGUGA